AUGGGAAAAAUCAUCAUUUAUGAGCAUGCCAACUUCCAGGGCUACUCAAAAGAACUGUUCAGUGACGUUGCCAAUCUAAAAGAUAUAGACUGGAAUGAUUGUAUUUCCUCUGUGAAAGUAUUUGGUCAGCCUUGGGUGGCUUAUCAGCAUGCCAACUAUACAGGCCGGUUACUGGUAUUUGAAGAGGGAGAACAUGAUUUUGUUGGUAAACAGAUGAAUGAUAGGAUCUCUUCUCUGCAGGUGAUCACCGAAAAUCUGCACCACCCCCAGAUCACUCUUUAUGAACAUGCUCAAUAUCAGGGGAAGAGCAGGGUGAUAAGAGAAGCAACCAAUCUGAGUAGGGGACGUGACAAUGACACCACAUCUUCUCACAAGGUCCAGAAAGGUGUCUGGCUGUUAUGUCAACACCCUGAUGGAGGUGGUAUUUGUUACAUUGCACGAGAACACGAACAUCUUCCAAAUUACAAGGCAAUCAAUUUGAAUGACAGGCUUUCAUUUCUGCGUCCACUUCUCCCUGGGAAGGGCUGUGGCUGUUAG